AUGUCCCGUCCCGCUCCGCCGCCCACCUCCGCCAUCGACUGGGCCACGCUCGGCUUCACCGAGCGCCGCGUCGCCGGGCAGGUCGUGUGCACGUGGCGCGACGGCGCGUGGGGCGCGCCCACGUGGAGCUCCGAGCCCGAGCUCAAGAUCCACGCCGCCGCCAGCUGCCUCAACUAUGGCCAGCAGUGCUUCGAGGGCAUCAAGGCCUUCCGCACCAAGGCGGGCUCGGUGCACAUCUUCCGCCCGCACGCCAACAGUGCGCGCAUCAACCUCAGCGCACGCACGGCCAGCAUGCCCACCAUUCCGCAGCCGCUGUUCCUCGAUGCGCUGCGCAAGGCCGUCGCCGGCAACCUGGAGUUUGUGCCGCCGUACGGCCCCAACGCGUCUGCCGGCGCCCUGUACCUGCGCCCGCUGCUCAUCGCCACGGGUCCCAGUCUCAUCCUUGGCCCGCCGAAGGAGUUCAUGUUCGUCGUGUGGUGCACGCCCGUCGGCAGUCUCUACGGCACCGGCGGCGCCUUGCCCGCAAUCGAUGCCUUCGUGCUCGACACCUUCGACCGUUCCGCGCCCAACGGCACCGGACACACCAAGCUGGGCGGCAACUACGCGCCCGUCUUUGGCCCCACCGCCGCCGCCAAGGCGCAGGGCUACCCCAUCACGCUGCACCUCGACUCGGCGAACCACACGCACGUCGACGAGUUCAGCACCUCCAACGCCCUGGCGCUCGCCAGCAAGGACGGCAAGCAGACGCUCGUCGUGCCCGAGUCUCCGUCGAUUCUGAGAUCCGUCACCAAGCUGAGCGUGUGCGACUUGGCGCGGCGCAUGGGCUGGACCGUGGAGCGCCGGCCGUUGGCGUUCGACGAGGUGAAGAGGGGCGACUUUGUCGAGUUCAUGGCCGCCGGCACCGCCGCAGGCAUCACGCCCGUCCGCAGCAUUAGCUACAACACCAAGCAGCCGGUGCGCAAGGCGACGCCGUCGACCAACGACCCGGAGGCCGACGAGCAGGCGUGGCCCGAGUACGAGGAUGCGCCGGACAACGAGGUGAAGCGCAUUGCCUUUGGCGACGGCAAGACUGCGGGCGAGAACGCCGUGGCGCUUUGGAAGGAGCUUACGAGCUACCAGUGCGGCGACCUGCCGGAUGAGUUUGGCUGGAACUGGCCCAAGGAGGGCAUUGUGGCCGAGGAUGCCAUUCGUGCUUGAGAGAGCGCCGC